GAAAUACGUGGAAUAGAUAUUCAACUUCGUCAAGCCCCUUCGCCAUCCAUCAUUCCCAACAUUCUUUCAUUUCGUUGACUCUACCUUACCCAGUCCUCCGUCAUGGCUUCUCCUCAAUAUGUGAUGGGCACUCAGGGGUUCGCCAGUGCCUGGACAGAGGAAAAUGUGCAUGAAUUGAUUACCACGCUUGGCGAGGCUGGUAUCAAUCAUUAUGAUGCCGCCCGGUUGUAUCCUGCCACCAAUCCCGGGGCGGCUGAAAAGCUUUUGGGAAGUGUUCGGCGGUCUGAUUUUGUCAUCGAUACAAAGAUCCUGUACCGACCCAGUGCUCUGAGCAAUCAGAAUAUGGAACAGUCCAUCCACCAGAGUCUGGAAAGCCUCGGAGUAAAAAAGAUCGACACGCUCUACGCUCAUGCCCCGGACAAAGACACCCCUAUUGCCGAGCAGGCGGCUAAUUUCGAUCAUUUCUAUCGUGCUGGCUUAUUCGCCGAGCUUGGACUCUGCAAUUACUCCCCCGCACAGUUGAGCGAGUGGAUCGAGCUUGCUACGGAACGGAACUAUGUGCGGCCUACCGUCUACCAAGGCCAGUAUAACAUGUUCUGUCGCCAUUACGAAAAAGAGCUCUUCCCACUUCUGCAGAAGCACCAAGUCAAGUUUGUGGCGAAUUCGCCCUUAGCCGGGGGGUUCUUGACAGGCAAGCUUACCUUUGCCGAAGAGGCGGCGCAGCUGCGUGGAACGCGAUUCGAGCAGGCAGAGGGAAACAUGGUUGGCUAUCUUUUUCGGGCAUGGUACGAUAAGCCUGACUUUCACCAAGCGAUUCGGGAGCUGGCCACUUGGGUGGAUCGGGGUGUUGCUGGCAGCUUGUCCCAGGCGGCCUUGCGCUGGCUGCUGUUCCAUUCUGGCCUUAGGAGUACAGAUAGUGUUGCUCUCGGACCGAGUAACGUUUCUCAGCUAAAAGAGUAUCUUGACGCCCGCAAUGCUGGCCCACUGCCAGAGGAGGUGGUGAAGGCGAUCGAUCAACUCUAUGAGCCCUUGCAAGAGGAAGCCGCACCGGUCGUGGAAAUUGGGUGGUGGUCUAUGUAGUAAUACCAGGUAGAUUCCAG